UCUGUUUCAUCAUGCAAUAUUUAUUUGAAUUUGUUAUGAGGUAGAGAAAGUAGGAGGAAUUCUUAUGUAAUUUGAUGAAAUAGGAUACUGACAUAGUGAGGUAUUGUGUCUGGUUGGACUAGCUGUAGCCUGCGAGAGGGUUUUUCGAAUGUUUUGUUGUUAGCAAUUCUGUUUAAUUGAGAUGAACGAUUUGAUGACCAGACGAUACAGAACAGGGUUCUAGACAUAAGGCAGAUGUCUUUAAAGAGCAGAUUAAGAUGAUACAUUUCUUGAAGCAGGAUAGGGAGAAUGAAAAGUGUGGCUGCUUUAAUAGUAGAGAAAACUUAAGAAAGAUCCCCAAAUUUGGUUGAGGAGAAAACAUUAUGAAUCUAUCGUUUGAGGUUUCUUUGUUUAGUUGCAGGAUAAGCUAUUGUUGUGGCAUUAGAUUAAGAAUAUAGGAAGUCUCCUUGUGGAUUGCAUGCGAUUAAAGACUAUGACACAGUUCAGACUAUAAGAAUUGUUCAACAUUAGCAAUCAACUCAGCUUGGUGUUUGGGCAGCAAAUUGAUCAGGAGUUUGCAUGUACCGUACCAUUUACAACUAGAAGGUGGUACCUUUCUUAUGUUAUGGUGGUUUUGAAUUGUUGAUUUCUUACGCCACUGAGCUCACCAUUGAUCGGUAAAGAAGACAAUGGCGGGUUUAUCCAACAGAUUGACUGCUUGCCUGCACACUGGGCAGCUUGCUCUUUUGGCAAUUCUGGUCUCUGGUGGAAUAGUAUUACAAAUUUUGGCAUGUGCUUUAUACAAUAACUGGUGGCCUAUGUUAACAGCCUUGAUGUAUGUGAUCCUUCCUAUGCCAUUGCUGUUCUUUGGGGGUUCCAGCUCACUCAUGUCCGGUGAUGGAGAUGGCUGGGUGAAUUUCACGAAAUUCUUGACGGGAGCAUCAGUUGUAGGAAGCAUCGCGAUACCCUCCAUAUUGAAGCAUGCAAAUCUCAUUGGAUGGGGUGCUCUGGCAAUGGAGCUGUCUUCAUUCGUGGUCUUUGGUGUGGCGAUCUUGUCGUUCCUUCAGAUGAGUGAUCGUGACGAGUAUAGUUACUUCUAAUGCUUGAUUAAUAGCUCAUCACGGAAUUACAAAACACCUGUUUAUUCCCCUCAUGUACAGAGGUGCGCUUUCCUUUCAUUGAGAAGAGGCAAUUGCUGCUUGUGAAUUUAUGCAACUGUGCUGCCACACAGUUUGUUACUAGAUUUUGUUUUUGUUGUUUGAAAGAUGUUGGGAAUAGUAUUAUACCUUUUGAUUAUUGGAAUAAAUUAUUUUUUAACUUUAA